CCUGUAGUUAGUUAAUACAGCUAAUCUAGUAUUAACUAACUAGAUUAGCUGUUUUUAAUCUAGUUAGUUAAUACUUUGUACAGUCUCUUCCGAGUGGAGCAGCCUCAGGUCUUCUGUAACUUUUUAUCAGAUUUGCAGCUGACCGCUGAACCUUUUCCUUUAUUGAUUUGUUUUAGAUUGACGGUCUCAAACUUGUUUUCAUUUUAGGCCAAUUUCAAAAUCAUGAAUGUAGUCAAAGGGCCGGUUGUGCCAGAAUGUAUCGAUAAAACCCGUUUAAAAAACGGAUAAAACUGUAAUAAAUAGCUGUCUCUGCAUUCGAUAAGUACUUUUUAACAUGAAAUAUUCUCCAUAUUUUCACAUCGAUCAGAACUGUGGUCCAGGGCCAUACAAAGUCAUCCAGGGUCCGCAAAAAGCUUCCCAGGCCGCACUUUGGACACCGCAGCCUUAAUGCAUAGAGUUAUUUCAAUACACACAGGUUCUUCGAUAUUUACAACAGCAUAUUAGAGCCAUUUUAGAUGGUGGGAAAAAAUGCAUUUCUGCCAAAAGAAAAGAUCAAAUUAAGAGGUUAAUCUCAUACAUUUUCUAGGAAAAACGUGGAAAUUUAAGAGUUUCAAAAAUCUUCAACUAAUUGAGUUUUCUCAAAACUGAGUUUUUUUCUAGCAAAAUUUCUUCUGUCCAAGCUCAGAAAUUUUUCUAGAAAAUUUCACAGAUUGAUCUCGAGACUUCUGAGUUUUGUGGCGGAAAUUUACGGUUAGUAUGGAAUGUUAAAAUGUAACACAAAAAAAGUAUACAACAGAAACUCAGGGGGAACAAACACUAUUUAAUGGAACAGUACAUACAGUCCAGUGCUUUGCACCUAUCAGGUCUGAAUAAAUGAAUUUCGUAUUGAUGCUGUUUGUUAAUAUCACAACUAAGACUUCUCUCUCUAAAGGUCCUACUGCUUUUCAGUAUACAGUUUAUCUCUCCAAAUUUAAAGUUGUGUGUGUAUUUGUGUGUGUGUGUAGCUUUGGUCAGUGUGUCAAGGUUAAAUCAAACCGACAUGGCUGGUGCAGGCUGAAAAGCCUUGGCUGGAGAUUGGAGGAUGGAAGGGAAUGAAAUGGAUCAAAAUGAGUCUAGGAAUGAAAUUGAAACAGAUGGACCUGAGCUGUCUGUUUUGGAUUUAUUUAUACGGCUGGAUUAAAGGCGAGUGUGUGUGUGAUAUUGAGAGAUACGCUCCUGCUUGUGUCGGAGUGACAGUCACACACCCCCGUAGAGGUCACCGUGGCGACCAAAAUCCUCCCGUCAUCAGUGUAGCGGAGUGGGAGUGGGGAGCCGUCACUUCUUUUCCACUUUUUCUCUCCAAGAGGAGGCUGAGGGAAGACGCACAGCAGGUGAGAAUCCUUCCUUUGACUCCAGCACACAGUUGGACUUGGAGUAGCCGGGUGCGUCGCGUCCCGUCUCCUGGACGGUUUCCAUGGCGAUGGCAGAUUUCCUCUUCAGUUAAUAUAGUACAUCUUCAUCAGGGCUGUCCUCCUCCUCCUCCCAUGAUGGCCUUCCUCAAGAGAGUACGUUCCCCUUCCCUGUCCUUCUUCCAGACAGUCGUGUCCCUCCUGCUGAGCACCGUGGCCCUCACCUCCUCCUUCUGGUGCACGGGCCAGCAGAAGGUACCCAAGCCUCUCUGUACGGCCACCAAGUUCAAGCGGUGCAUCCCUGUGCCGGGGGUGUCCAACACCUCCAACAUCCAGUUCUUCUGGGAGACGGGCGACGACCGCUUCGUCUUUCCGUACUUCCACACCGGCCUGUUCAUCAUCUGCGAGGAGAACAUCUAUGUGGACGAAUGGGAAGAGAAAUGUCGAUGGUUUUACAGUUUGACUCCCGAAUCAGAGGAAGCAAUGAUUUGGCUGUGUCUCACGCUGGAGUUCAUGUACGUCGGCCUGCUGCUGGUCAGCUGCCUGCUGCUGUCCGCCCAGCUGUGCAUCACGGCUUGGUUUCCCUCCACGCUGCGCUGGGGCCAGAUGCUCAACGCCUUUGCAGCUGUCUUCACGGUCCUGGGAGGUCUUCUUGGGAUGGUGGGUCACAUGAUGUUCAUGCAGGUGUUUCAGACCACGGUUUCAAUGGGACCAGAAGACUUUAAACCUCACAGCUACGGCUACUCCUGGGCGUUCUAUUUGGUGUGGCUAGCCUUCACUGUGUGCAUGGCGGCGGGCGUCUCCACCCUGAACAACUACACCAAGAAGGUCCUGAUGGUGGGGCCCAGGAGUAGCUCCAGCCUCAACCCCUGCAGCUUUAACUUCGUGGGCCUCCUGCCACCUGCUCCCUUCUACACCCCCCCAAACCUGCCCGUCACCCUGUCCGCCCCUCUGCCUGCCCCCGUGAUCUCCCACCUGUCUCCCUACUACGAGCCUCCGCCGCCCGCUUCGCCGAGGCUCACCCACUCCCACUCGCUUCCCCUGACCCACUCGGACUCCUUCCCUCCUCCCCCUCCCCACCUGGCACCUGCGUCCCCGUUCCACCGCCUCUCCCUGUCCUCCCCGUCUCUCUCACCCUCCAUCUCCGUUCACAUGAUGCUCCCAGGACGCAACGAGCAUYCGUUCGAUCGGGACGAGGAUUACAGCACGCUUUGAACUCUCACAUGCGCAUCUCAGAAUAUCGUCAAAAAGGGAAUUUAUUUCAGUGAAUUUGUUCAAAAAGUGAAACGCAUAUCGUCACAUCACUUUUGGUCAAAAAUUAUUUAUGUUUAACAAGGAUGGUAGGUUAGGUUUUGGUUGAAGACUACCGAGUUGACCAGCAGACGGUCACUAACUCAACAACAACCUUUCUGUUCGCGGAGCACUCUGUCCAAGGAUUUUGAUGGAAAAUUGAGUGGAAUAAAAAAGUCAGAAACGGCGAACCUGAAUUAAGUCAUCUGCUGUUCUUUCAACCCUUUAGAGUCCAUGUGAAAGUACGUUUGGUCUUUGUUUAAAUAUCAAUCAAAAAUUCACCUCUGUACAGUUAAACAUAAUUUAUUUGCAAUAAGCAUACAGUUAUGAAGUUUGAAACACCAAAAAAAAUGAUUUUUGGGGUUGUUUUUUUUGCCUCGUUUGGAUUUUUAUUAUUUUUAUGUCUCUGCUUAUGAAAUGUUGAAGGUACUGACUGGAAAAUACAAAACUGAAAAAUGUAACUGUCUACUUCUAUUACAAAUUUGAUUUAAAAGGAAAACAUCUCGAAAAUAACUUCUGGACAGGUUUUUACAGAAUGUUAUUCGCAGUUAUUCACAGAAUGAAUGACCUCAUCUGUUUUAAACUCAAAUGAGUAUUUUGUUGUGAAAAAUCGUUCCUGUAUCAUCUAUCCUGUAUGUUUGUUUCACUUUUGAAUCAAAAUCACUGAACUACACUGGUUGACAUCCAUUUACUGCGACUGGUGGAAAAAAUAAAUGACAAGUCACCACAGGAUGAAAAUGAAAAGUUUUAUUAUUUCAAAAGUCACUGUAAUGAUCAUUCAUGUAGCAAAAAUAAACAUCAGACACACGGAGCUUUGUUGGAAAGAAAUCCUAUUUACACAUCAUGUCUCGCGCUUCAUUACUCAAACAGUUGCCUUUGUGGGAACGCGGCYAGUGGAAAGAUUUUAACAUUUCCGCACAAAGUUUGGAUUUUUCUAAAAUUGACAUACUCCAGAGUAUUUAGUCUCUCCUAAUUACAAAUAUCUUAUUCCAACAUCUAUAAUGUUUUUAGAGGAGAAUUAUUUAAUCGAAGGCAUUUCCAUCAUAUUAGUUCAGCAUUAUAAAGAGAGCGUAUUUUUAUUAGAGAAGAUAGAAAUAAAUUGAUAAACUAACAAUAAAAUAAUGCAAAACAUCAAAUAACAAAAUACCCUUUUUUAAAUCUACUGUAACAUACAUAUUCAUAAAUGUAAAAGUACAUAAAAAAAACCACACUUGAAUAUUUAUUGAUCGUCAUUAUACUGCCGCCAGUYGAACGCUUAAUGAUCUCUUUGAAAAUAGUGAUGGAAAAACUAAUCAUUAAGUUCGAAUUUAUCGUAAACCUGAAGCAUUUUCUCUGUUCAGCUUAAACAAAACAAAAAACGAUAUCCUUAGAUGCCCUGAAGAAAACCAGCCCGACUCUGGGCUGAGAACACACUUAGAUACGACYGAGUUCGACUCCUGCUUCGUUAGUCGAAGGAACCGUCUGAAGGCAGACUCGGUCAAACGUUAAGUGUAUGUGAAAAUAUCCACAGGUCUAUUGUGUUCACACUAGCAGCUUAAAUUUAAUGAAGGAACAAAAAAAAACAGGAUUGUAGCUGAAAGAGUAGAUCUGUUCCAAAAAAAAA